AUGAGAACGUUGUUUCGUACGAUGAUGUUAUCACUUUUUUGUAUUCUUACCGUUUCGAUGACAUAUACAUCUACCAAUGCACUGCAAAUACUUGCAAUAGAAAAUGUUGCUGGUAAGAGUCAUUGGAAUUUUAUGAGUGCAGUUCUCCGAUCUUUGACGGACAACGGUCAUAAUGUUACCGUAUUUACUCCAUUUCCCGAUGGUAAUCGGGCCAACUACACAGAAGUCUACUUGGAUUUACCAUCGAAAGUCGAAAUGGAUAUUGAAGAAACGUUAAACGUAUUUGGGAAACCUACUGCGAUAAUACCUAUACUCAUGAACAUGACUCGAUACUUUUGUAAUAUUGCUUAUGAGCAACGGGAUAUGCAAGAGAUCUUAAACGGUGGUAAAUCAAAUUAUGAUAUUAUUUUCACUGAAGUAGUGGCAUCGGAAUGUGCGUCAUAUAUAGCUUCCAAGCUAGAAUUGCCACUGAUAUACGUAAUUCCUUCACCAAUGAUCACCCACAUCGAGCAUACUGUAUUCGGAGACGUAUCAAAUCCAGCAACAGUAUCCCAUCUGAUGGCUCAUAACGCGGUACCUAGAACAUUUGCUCAACGAUUUUUAAAUGUCGUCCUUUUAGGUUUUAGUUUAUUGGCGUUAAAAUAUAAAGAAAUAGAACUGAAAAAAAUUGAUGUACAACCAUAUGAUCUGGUACAACCUCUAAAACCGUCGUUAGUGUUCAUGAACACACAUUACAUUACCGAUGCACCGAGACCUAUGCCAGCAAGUGUAAUACAAAUUGGAGGGAUACAUCUGAAAACACCAAGACGCAUACCAAACGUGAGUAAAUAA